AUGGUGGGAAAUGGGCAGUCUAUAGAUAUUUGGGAUUCUCCUUGGAUCCCAAAAGCUACUAGGUUUGUGACCCAAUGUUGUUUUCCAGCUGAUAGAGUUAAUUUAAGCAAAGUGGUUGACCUAAUGCUUGCAGGAAGAAGUGAGUGGGACAGUGAUCUAAUCUUUCAAUCCUUCACUCCCCAAGAUGCAGAAAACAUCCUCAAGAUACAUAUCAGCAAGUUGGGGAGACUUGACAAGCUGAUUUGGCUACCAAACAAAAAAGGAACCUUCACAGUAAAAAGUGCUUAUCAAGUUAUUCAGAGGCAGAAGAAUUUGGAAAGAGGUUCAGAGGGGAGCAGCAUGGGCCAAGGCAUUCAAGAAAAAGUGUGGAGAGUCACAUGGCACAUGCCAAUCAAGCCAAACAUCAAAACCUUCAUAUGGAGGUGCUACAACAAGUGCUUGAGUACAGCUGAUAAUCUGAGGCACAGAGGGAUUAAGGUGGAUGAAGUCUGUUGCUGGUGUGGAGAAAAAGAGAAAAUCUGGAACACCUAA